UUUAAUUAAAGUGAUACAAUGACAGAAGUAAAGAAACCAAAAGCGGCGUUAGGCAUCCGGCACGUACAAUGUGUGAUGCUGUUCUUCGCGAUGCUGUUGGCCUACGGCAUGAGGGUGAACAUGAGCAUGGCCAUCGUCGCCAUGACAGACUCUUCUACGGAAAACACAUUCGACUGGAAUAUACAGAUUCAGAGCGUGAUAUUGUCCUCUUUCUUCUGGGGUUAUGUGGUUCUUCAGGUUCCUGGCGGCCUCCUAGCUGAGAAGGUUGGCGGCAGUCUCCUUAUCGGCAUUAGUGUUGGAGCCAACUCCAUCAUCUCUCUGAUUCUACCAACUGCUGCGGUUUACGGUGGCUGGUACGCAGUAUGCGCUUGUCGGGUGCUGCAAGGUUUAGCACAAGGAGUCAUUUUUCCAAGCAUGCACAAUCUGAUCGGAAAAUGGGUGCCGUUAGAAGAAAAAAGUCGGUUAGGGACAUUUAUUUAUGCAGGAGCUCAAUUGGGUACAGCAGUUAUGCUGAUGUCAGCUGGCUUCUUGGCAGACUAUUGGGGCUGGGCUGCCAUAUUUUACUUUGUUGGUACAUGUGGAGUCAUCUGGACCCUCGUCUAUAUAUUUAUCGGAGCAGGAGAACCUCAAAACUCGAAAUUGAUAAGUGAAGAAGAGAAGCUGUAUAUUCAGACUUCUCUUGGUCAAGUUGGAGGUAAAAAGUUUAGUUUUAAAUUGAAUCUUUAA